GAGAGUUAGAGAAUCCUCAUCAUCCCCUCUAAGUAAGCCCGGGAGAAAGGCAGGACCAUGCGUGGCUGCCCACUUCAGGCUGGGGCCGUGGGGGGAGUCGAGGGGCCGAGCAGGAGUAGUAAAUAGGGAGGAAGAGGGAGAAGGGCGAGGGGGGCUCGAGGGGUUUUGGAAAAAGGGGGGGAGAAGAGGGAGAUCUUCCCCGCCCCCCUUUACCUUUUUAAAUCCGAUUGUUUUCCCCCUCUGGUUCUGAAUUUUUUUUUUUUGGCUUUAAUUGUCCAGCCGGCUGUGCCCGUGCGGGGAGCGCCGGGCCGGGCACACCUGGGCCGAGGGCGCGCAGCCUCAUCUAACUGCGGCGGAGGCGGGGGCGGGAGGGCGCAGGAGGCGGAGGACUAUUAGGGCCGGGCCGCGCCGGGCCGGGCCAGGCCAGGCCAGGCCGGGCGGGGGUUGGAGUUGGAGUUGGGGUUGGGGUUGGGCUGGCGGCCCGAGCCGCCGCCGCUGCCGCCGCUGCUCUCUGCGAUGGAACCCGGGCCCGAGGCGGGGCCGGACCCGGGGCCGGGGCCCUCGCUCGACAUGGCGCCGGAGCUGACCCACGACGAGGAGCUGGCCACCAAGCAGUUUCUGGAGGAGAUUAACAAGUGGACAGUUCAGUACAAUGUGUCUCCACUCUCUUGGAAUCUUGCUGUCAGGUUCCUCAUGGCCAGAAAGUUUGAUGUCCUCCGGGCUAUUGAAUUGUUCCAUGCCUACAGGGAAAUGCGACGGAAAGAAGGAAUCGUCAAGCUGAGGCCUCAUGAGGAUCCUCUCCGUUCAGAAAUCCUCAGUGGGAAGUUCACUAUCCUGAACACACGGGAUCCCUCUGGAGCCUCCAUCGCUCUUUUCACGGCCAAGUUACAUCAUCCCCACAAGUCCUCCCAACAUGUGGUGCUCCAGGCUCUGUUUUACUUGCUGGAUAGAGCAAUGGAUAGCUUUGAAACUCAAAGGAAUGGACUAGUGUUUAUCUACGACAUGGGGGGUUCCAAUUAUAACAACUUCGAGCUAGACCUUGGCAAGAAAGUGCUAAAUCUCCUGAAGGGAGCCUUCCCAGCUCGGUUGAAGAAGGUGUUGAUCGUAGGGGCGCCCGUGUGGUUCCGAGUGCCCUAUUCCAUCAUCAGUAUCCUGCUGAAGGACAAAGUCCGAGAAAGGAUUCAGAUCAUGAGGACGAGUGAGCUGACCCAGCAUUUGCCCCGGGAGUGCCUUCCUGAGAGCCUGGGAGGGUACCUCAAGUUGGACCCCACCAGCUGGAACUUCCAGUUUCUCCCUCAAGUGAAUGGCCACGUGGACCCCCUGGAUGAGAUGAUCUUACUGUCCCUUGGUCCCUCUGGGGACAGCGACUCGGUGCAUGUCCCGGGCCCCCAUGCCAUGACCAUCGUGGAGCUGCUGGAGCACUUUAGCCACCGGCAGAAGAGGGGCAUUUACGAAGAGUAUGAGGACAUCCGCCAGGAGAACCCCGUUGGCACCUUCCAUUGCUCCAUGUCCCCAGGUAACUUGGAGAAAAACCGAUACGGAGAUGUGCCGUGCCUGGACCAAACCCGCGUGAAGUUGACCAAAGGGAGUAGUACGACCCAGACAGACUACAUCAAUGCCAGUUUCAUGGAUGGCUAUAAGCAGAAGAACGCUUAUAUCGGCACACAAGGUCCCUUGGAGAACACCUACCAUGACUUUUGGCUCAUGGUAUGGGAGCAGAAAGUUCUGGUGAUCGUCAUGACCACACGAUUUGAGGAAGGAGGCAGAAGAAAAUGUGGCCAGUACUGGCCUUUGGAAAAAGACUGUCGGCUCCGAUUUGACUUUCUCACAGUGACCAAUCAAGGAGUGGAAAACAUGAACCAUUAUAAGAAAACUACGCUGGAAAUUCACAACAUAGAAGAACGACAAAAAAGACAGGUGAUCCACUUCCAGUUCCUGAGCUGGCCAGAUUACGGGGUCCCUUCGUCAGCUGAUAGCUUAAUUGACUUCCUCAGAGUGGUUAGAAAGCAGCAGAAGAUGGCGGUCAGGAACUUGGGACAACGCUUCAAAGGCCAUCCCAGAGGGCCGCCCAUCGUGGUCCACUGCAGUGCAGGCAUUGGCAGGACAGGUACCUUCUGCUCACUGGACAUCUGCCUGGCACAGCUGGAAGAGCUGGGCACACUGAAUGUGUUUCAGACCGUGUCCCGCAUGAGGACCCAGAGGGCAUUCAGCAUCCAGACUCCAGAGCAGUACUUCUUCUGUUACAAGGCCAUCAUUGAAUAUGCCCUGAAGGAGGGCAUGGUGCCCCCUGGCUACCAUCUGGGCAUAGAGAGGCAGUAGCUGGCGCCUGGGGCCUCUCGCCUGGUGGCAGGCACUGGCUGCCCAUCAGUAACCUUCCGGCAGCCUUCCUCACUCUUCCUGGGAUACUGCCAAGCCCCUAGGUGGUCAUGAGUAAUGUUGAAACAGAUCCACCUCUUCUUGUGUCUCCUGGUACAUGGCAGUCUUUUCCUUUGGCUAGCUAGCUCUGACGAAAUCUCCACAAGUAGCCAGUGGCUAGCAGCUUGUGUUCUUAAUUUCAAGCACCUGCUAUUGAACUGUGCCUUAUUCAAACCAAAUUGUGGCUACCAUUUUUGGACAGGGGUCCCCAAAGGAAGGAGGACAGGAUCUUCUCUUCCCCUCUCAAAACCCCCUUGCCCCCAGCUUCCUCACCUUGACUCUGCCACAGUUCCAUGGGGAAGGAGGUGAGAGACUGCCUCCAGUUCAUCCCAAGAGAAUCUGACCAACCUCUAUAUCCUAGAGAUCAACCCUAGUGCCAAGAAGGUGUAAGAAAUAAGGCGUGUGCUCCAGUCUCAUCUGCCAUUCUGUGUGCCUGUGUGUGUUACACAUGUGGGGGUCUGGAAUUAUGGGGGGGGGGUGUGUGGGUGUGGGUGUGUGUGUAAUAUAUACUGUAUGUGUUGAUAUGUCCAUACUAGAGAAACCCAUAUGUACACACCUCUUUCCCGCAGUUCAUGGGGCACCAUGCUGGAGGUGAGGCCCCUCCUGCCUAAGGGGGGGUGGGAAGGGGGCAGUUAUGCAUCAUGCUCUUAGUCGGGGAGGACGUCGUGACAGUGUCCUUCACUCUACUCAUCACCAUCCCCUCCCUGGGCAUGGACCACCGCCCUGCCCUCUCUUGGUCACGGCCUGCCUUUGGCCCUGGGGCUGCUGUAUACACGUGGUCACCCUGGCGCAUUAUUCUCCCAACUUAACAUUUUUUUCUCUGUUUACCUUAUCAAUUGGGGGAAACCCUCCACCUUGAAUACGGAGCUGCAGAUCUCCACUGUGACAUUGGAACACUCUGUCUUUCCCUCGUCCUCCUCGGGGGAUGAUGGGGAUAAACUCUGAGGGGCCAAGGCCGAAGGCAAUCGGUACGAAGUCUUCAAAGGGCACGGUGUGGGAGGGGGAACGUGACCUGGGAGAAUCACUCAACACUACGGAAAGAACUUUACUUUCAGAAAACCAAACAAGAAGCAUUCCCUUCUCUGCCACUUCUCACCCCUUUCUCUCCCCAGCAUCCCCACCUUGGCACCUGGAAGCUCAUUCUCUGCCAGCCACAUCCUGGUUCUUUGCCAAGAAAGAGCUGAAAGCAGCUCCUGGCUGGGCACGCGCGCGCGCGCGCGCACACACACACACACACACACACACACACACACACACACACACACACACACACACACACACACACACACACUCUCACUCACUCACUCACUCACUCACACUCUGGAAUUGCUGUUUGUCCCUUUCCCUUGCCAUGCCCUGUCCUGCCCCAGCUCAACGUCGCCAACAGCUCACCCUGUGCUGAGGUGGAGACCAUCAUUAAUGAGAAAGCUCCCUCCCUCCCCCCAGAAGACAAGGUCGGUGGCUGAGUGGCCCCUCAGUCAUUUUAUACUGUAACGAGCUCUUUGAAUGUGUAUAUUCUUAUUUUUACAAUCUUUUCAUUUUGUAUUUAACGUUCAAGGAUUGAGUCAGAUUUGGAGAAUAAUUGUAAAUGUUCAUAUUCAAUACCUUAUGGUGAUACAAUUUUGUAUUUACAUAUAAAUAUAC